AAGAAGAAGAUGAGACCGCCUCAAGAGAAACCGGAAAAGGUAGCAACAACAAACUUUUCCCGAUACUUUCAUGUUUUAAAUUUCAACAUGUCCUUGAGUGCAGUCCACUCCACACUGUCUAGUCUGAAAACAUGUCAGACAGAUAUUGGAACAGGGAUGGACAUUGUGACAGACGUGGCUCUGGACGUGGCAGAAACAGCAGGAACUGAGAAUGAUGCGGUCCUGAAGAAGCUGGAGGGGAUGAUGCUGGAGUGUGCCAAACUGGACCAGGAGAUCAACUGCUUUGUUGAGGUGGUGAACUGUGUCACUGCGGAGGUGAGGAACCAGGAGCCCGAGGCCAUGUUCAGACUGAAGUCUCUGGUGAAGGAGAAGUUCACUGAGAGACACGGCAGACUGUCUGAGGGAGAACUACAGAACCACGUCAAGCUGAUCAGCUUUAAGGAGAACGUCAGAAACGCACUCAAAACAGUGAACCCUGAGGCAGCAGAGAAUAUGGAGGAGGAGCUGGAUGAGGACAUCGCUGUGACGCAGAGUGAGGUUAACUUUACCUGUCCCCUCACUCAGGUGGAGAUGGUGAACCCAAUGAAGAACCAGAAGUGUAACCACCACUACGACCGGGACGCCAUUAUGGGGAUGAUCAAGGCCCGGCAAAACCAGAAGAAGAAGUUACGCUGUCCGGUGGUUGGCUGUAGCAACACGGACGUGAAGCAGGGAGACCUGAUCCUAGAUCAGAUUAUGAGGAGACAGAUCCAGAAGAGGUAGACUACCACGGCAUAAUUCUGGUCCAGAAGAGGUAGACCACCAAGGCAUAAUUCUGGUCCAGAAGAGGUAGACCACCAAGGCAUAAUUCUGGUCCAGAAGAGGUAGACCACCAAGGCAUAAUUCUGGUCCAGAAGAGGUAGACUACCAAGACACGAUUCUGGGGUACGCCACUCAUCAAUCCUGACAAUAAUAAUUGGACUUUUAAUUAAUUGAGGAUAAAACAUUACUUUUUGUUGUUGUUGUGACCAAAUGUUAUCUUGCUGCUGUGUCUGAACGUAUUUGUUCGUCACAGAAUUGCGCUAUUCAGAAAUGUUAAAUAACAAAACCUCUCUUCAUUUAUACUUAAGGGAGUCUUCUUUUUCAGUCAGUUCAAUAAAGGUUUUUAUACAAUUUACCUAUCAAUAAAUGUAUUGGUUGCACUUCAGAGAACAAUGGGGGCGACAGGCAGGGUAGCCUAGUGGUUAGAGUGUUGGACUAGUAACCGAAAGGUUGCAAGAUCAAAUCCCCGAGCUGACAAGGUACAAAUCUGUCGUUCUGCCCCUGAACAAGGCAGUUAACCCACUGUUCCCCCGGUAGGCCGUCAUUGUAAAUAAGAAUUUGCUCUUAACUGACUUGCCUAGUUAAAUAAAAAAAAUCCUAUGCCUUUUGGUGUUGAGAACCUGCAGUUACUGUAAUAGACCACUGGGGGGCAGUGUCGUCCCUGGAAUACACCACAAAGGGAUCAGGAGAGGUGACUCAGGUCAUGAAGAGAGAAGCUGGAUAAUCAGCCUAGUUAAUCUGAGAGAGUUGGGCUAAAUGAAUCAGAGAAGUGGUUUUUUCUUUCUAAAUACUUACACACGACAGAAAGAUCAUGUCUGUAAACAUACAAAGUGAUGAUCGAAUAUCUAUUUUCAGUUCCAUCCUAAAAGUAGACCAUUUCAUUGUGUGAAAUCUGUGAAUCAAUUCAGUUGAGUGAUUUAAAUCUGUCUCCUCCCCUGCCUCUCCUCUCCUGCCUCUACCCCUGCCUCUCCUCUCCUGCCUCUCCUCCUGCCUCUCCUGCCUCUCCUCUCCUUCCUCUACCCCUCCUCUCCUGCCUCUAUCCCUUCCUCUCCUACCUCUACCCCUGCCUCUCCUCUCCUGCCUCUACCCCUCCUCUCCUGCCUCUAUCCCUUCCUCUCCUACCUCUACCCCUGCCUCUACCCCUGCCUCUCCUCUCCUGCCUCCGUGUAAACUGAAGACUCUUUGUUCACAGGACAGAAACAGAGUGUGCUGAGAUGGAACUAGGUGAAGCUAAUCUUUUAAUAAUCUUACGUCAGGUUUUUUAAUAAGAUUUCAGAUGCAGCUUGUUUAUUGUUUCUCCCCCCCCUCAUCUAUGGCUGUGUUCCAAAUUGCACCCUAUUUCUUGUGUAGUGCACUACUAUUGACCAGGGCCCAUGGGGUGUCGUUUGGGACGUAGCCUCUUAAAGGGUAGGACAUGCCGUACUAACUAACCAUUUGCAGACAGAAUUGAGAGAGCGGAGAAAUGAUUUACAGACAAACGAUACAUUUUUUUUUUUAGUAAUUUAUUCACAUUAAAUCUGGGUUAGUUUUGUAUUAAAAAUUCACGUUAUCUGCUCCUCUUCAAUGUAGUUACAUCACAGUUAAUUUCACAGCAGUUUAGUUUGUGUUGGCAAACCAAUGGAGACUCACCAUUAGAGCCAGCCUGUCCAAUCUCUUAAAACUAUAUGAAUACAGAUUUCAGGAAGUGACUACUUUUCAAAACUAUUUGAAUACAGAUUUCAGGAAGUGACUACUUUUUAAAACUAUAUGAAUACAGAUUUCAGGAAGUGACUACUUUUCAAAACUAUUUGAAUACAGAUUUCAGGAAGUGACUACUUUUCUGAAACUAUUUGAUUGGCCGCCUUCAAUCUUCAACCAAUCUCUGACAGUCAUAUUUGAUCUACACAAUAAAUGUAUUUCUGAACAUUU